UAUAAUGAAAAUAAAUGUACAAAUAAAUUAAAUAAGGGUGAUGUAAAAAAUGCAAAGAGGCAGUGCCAGUGGCGCGUUAUGAAAUCUCGCGAGACAAAGACGAAGACAGGGCGAAAUCAAGUCGCAGACGGAAGAAGGCAAGAAAAAGAGGGAGAUCUUGACAAACUAAUAAAACCCAUUAAAAUGUCGGGACGGUCCGUGCGAGCGGAGACACGCAGCCGUGCAAAAGAUGAUAUCAAAAAAGUGAUGGCGGCAAUUGAAAGGGUCCGUCGGUGGGAAAAAAAGUGGGUUACAGUGGGAGACACGUCAUUACGGAUAUUCAAAUGGGUCCCUGUUACAGAGACUAAACAGAUAUACAAGCCUAAAGUGUCAGGUACUGCAGUGAGGGAGCUGAAGGGCUUUCCUACAGAUGUGGUGUUGGAAAACGCCCGUUCCGUGCUACUGGACUUUCAGGAUGACAACAGUAACCAGAGUUUCCUAUCAGAUGCCUAUCAGUCUAAUACCAAAGUGGACAGCAGCAGCAACUCCAGUCCACAGCAUGUGAGUGAGGCAGUGAGCCCUUCCCAUGCAUCCUACUUCCGUACAGAGGAUUCCCAGCCGCCCACCCUGGGACAGGAGACCAUGGAUGCCGAGAGAGGUGAGACAGACCAGUGAAAAAACAUUCAGCAA